AUGAAUAAAUGGUGGAAUUGGGUACUGGGGUUCGCGUUAUUCUGCCUCUUAUUUGUUGCAAUACCUAUUUCAUUAUCGCGGCAGAAAUCUGUGGAAGAACUUAAGCCUAUGUUCGAUGAUUACAUUGCGAAGUUCAAUAAAAGUUAUGCGACUCCAGAAGAAUAUUCGGCGAGAUUUCAACAUUUUGUUGCAUCAGUGCAAGAAAUAGAGCUUCUAAAUGCAGCAUCAAGAGGACCAGACCACUGCAAAGCAAAAUAUGGACUUACAAAACUAUCAGACAUGUCAAAGACUGAAUUUAAAGAACAGCAUUUAGCUGAUGAAAAACUCAUGAAGCCGCCUAAAUCUUAUGGCAGGAGACGAGCUCGUGAUGGCAAAUCCAGGAAAUAUGAUGAUGAUGAUGAUGACAAGCCCUGCUCCAAUAGUCCUCAUGACAAUAUUUAUGUGAUCAUCAGGAAGAAACGGGCUGCACUACCAUUACAGGUAGAUUGGAGAACCAAAGGUGUGAUAGGUCCAGUGCAGGACCAGGGUCUUUGCGGAGCAUGCUGGGCGUUCAGCACCGUCGGCACCAUUGAAGCCAUGGCCGCCAUCAAGACAGGCAAGCUGGACAAACUUAGUGUGCAAGAGGUAAUAGACUGCGCAGGUUUGGGCAACAGUGGGUGCGCAGGCGGCGAUAUCUGCCUGCUCCUUGAUUGGCUGGUGAUGACUGAUGCUGUGGUUGAGAAGGAAGCGGAGUAUCCUCUCCGUCUCACUGACGGAGCUUGCAAAGCUAAGAAAAAUACCACCGGAGUCAAAGUCAAGACUUUUACGUGUGAUGAUUUCGUGGGUGCUGAAGACCAGAUCCUAAGCGCCCUGGCGACGCAUGGACCGGUCACGGUGGCUGUCAAUGCUCUCACCUGGCAACACUACCUCGGCGGAGUUAUACAGUUCCAUUGCGGCGGCUCACCAAUGGAACUGAAUCACGCAGUUGAAUUAGUUGGCUACGAUUUAUCAGCCGAUGUUCCCUUCUACAUAGCCAAAAACUCAUGGGGCAAAGAUUUUGGCAAUGCCGGGUACUUGAAUCUGGCUAUUGGCACAAAUAUCUGUGGACUGGCAAACGAAGUGGCUACCGUAGACGUGGUCUAA